CGAGCGGAGGCGCGCGGAGCUGCAGUGUCUGGAUCAGAGUCCCAGGGGAAGCGUCGCGACGCGGAAGGCAGCAGCCCCGGCGCAAGUGGACGCUGCCUGCCGGACCCUCCCCAGCCUCCGCCCCUCCCCCACGGGGGUCCCGAGCUAGCGGAUGGGAGGCACCGCUCGAGGGCCCGGGCGGAAGGAUGCGGAGCCACCCGGAGCCGGCCUCCCGCCCCGGCAGCGGAGAUUGGGGGAUGAUGUCUAUGAUACCUUCAUGAUGAUUGAUGAAACCAAAUGCCCACCUUGUUCAAAUGUACCCUGCAAUCCUUCUGAACCACCUCUACCCAGAAGACUAAACAUCACCAGUAAGCAGUUAACAAGAGGUCAUACUCAGCCUGUUCUGAAUGGAGGUGAGAUGAAGGUAGAACAGCUGUUUCAAGAAUUUGGCAAUAGAAGAUCUGAUGCUUUCCAGUCAGAUGGCAUCAAUGAUUCUGAAAAAUGCUCUCCCACUGUUUCUCAGGGUAAAAGUUCAGCCAGCUUGGAUACGGUAAAAUCCAGCAGUUCACCCAAGUCAUCCAAAGUGGUUCCUCUGACCCCAGAACAAGCACUGAAGCAGUAUAAACACCACCUCACUGCUUAUGAGAAGCUGGAAAUCAUCAAUUAUCCAGAAAUUUAUUUUGUGGGUCCCAACGCCAAAAAAAGGCAUGGCGUUAUUGGUGGGCCCAAUAACGGUGGGUAUGAUGAUGCUGAUGGGGCCUAUAUUCAUGUGCCCCGAGACCAUCUAGCUUAUCGAUAUGAGGUGCUGAAAAUUAUUGGCAAGGGGAGUUUUGGACAGGUAGCCCGGGUCUAUGAUCACAAACUUCGGCAGUAUGUGGCCCUAAAGAUGGUGCGCAACGAAAAGCGCUUCCACCAUCAAGCAGCAGAGGAGAUCCGGAUUUUAGAGCAUCUGAAAAAGCAGGAUAAAAACGGUAGCAUGAAUGUUAUCCACAUGCUGGAAAGUUUCACAUUCCGGAACCAUGUUUGCAUGGCCUUUGAAUUGCUGAGCAUAGACCUCUAUGAGCUAAUUAAAAAAAACAAGUUUCAGGGUUUCAGUGUCCAGUUAGUGCGCAAAUUUGCUCAAUCCAUCUUGCAAUCCUUGGAUGCUCUCCACAAAAAUAAGAUCAUUCACUGCGACUUGAAGCCAGAAAACAUCCUCCUGAAACACCAUGGGCGCAGUGCGACCAAGGUCAUUGACUUUGGGUCCAGCUGUUUCGAGUACCAGAAGCUUUACACGUAUAUCCAGUCUCGAUUCUACAGAGCUCCAGAGGUCAUCUUAGGGAGCCGCUAUAGCACACCUAUCGACAUAUGGAGUUUUGGCUGCAUCCUUGCAGAGCUUCUAACAGGGGAGCCUCUCUUCCCUGGGGAGGACGAAGGAGACCAACUGGCCUGUAUGAUGGAGUUGCUAGGGAUGCCACCACCAAAACUUCUGGAACAAUCCAAACGUGCCAAGUACUUCAUUAACUCCAAAGGCCUACCUCGCUACUGUUCUGCAACUACUCAGGCAGAUGGGAGGGUUGUGCUUGCGGGGGGUUGCUCACGUAGGGGCAAAAAGCGGGGUCCUCCAGGCACCAAAGACUGGGUAACAGCACUGAAAGGGUGUGAUGACUACUUGUUUAUAGAGUUCUUGAAAAGGUGCCUGCACUGGGACCCCUCUGCCCGCCUGACUCCAGCUCAAGCACUAAGACAUCCUUGGAUUAGCAAGUCUGUACCCAGACCUCUGGCCAUGGAAAAAUUGUCAGGUAAACGAGUAGUAAAUCCUGCAAGUGCUUUCCAGGGACUGGGCUCCAAGCUGCCUCCAGUUGUUGGAAUAGCUCAUAAGUUGAAAGCUAACUUGAUGUCAGAAACCAAUGGCGGUAUACCUCUGUGCAAUGUGUUGCCAAAACUGAUCAGCUAAUGGACACUGAUAUGCUCAGAGAUGCAUAUGUAUGUAUUUUUAAAAUUAUCUUGCAAACUUGAUAAUGGGGGGAAAAAAAUACAAGCCCAUUAGUAGAUACGUUUUUGAUUGACUGCAUUUCUUUUUUUAACAAGGCAAGCAUUUUUAUAUGACUAAGAGAACUCUUCAAGGGCUAAUUACCUAACCAGCUUGUAUUGGCCAUCCUGGAAUAUACAUUAAAUGACUUUUUAUAGGUCAAUGAAUCUUCGUUAUUAUCAUCUGAUGUACAUCAACCUAUGUAUUCUAGUGGUUUAAAUUUCUGUCUCUCAAAAUAGAAGGUACACAAAAAGGUGUAUCCUUGAUGACUCCGCACUUCUCGUCCCUCCCACAGCAUUAACGUGGGACGUGGCCACAGUUACGGAUGAAAGCCUCAUUCUAAUUGGAAGGGCUCACAAAGGCUAUGUGUGGGGAAGGUCUAGGAGGCUGUCGGUCACCUGAAGAAGGUGUCACUCCUCUUGUGGCUCAUUUCCCUUCCCUUCAAUUCUGUGCUGCACGGUAUUUUUAUUUCAUGUUGCUAUUAUUUUGCCUCUGAUUUGUUUCCUGGGUGCUCCUACAGACAUCUUACCACUUCACAAAGUAGUGGUUUUAAAACUGAGUCAUAUUACACAUGCCCCCUUCUGCUCCAAGGAAGGUAAGGUGGCUUCUUUGCCCCAGAUGAACCACAUGCACACUACCGUUCCCUACUUUCUUGGAACCCUGGGGAUGAGCCUCCUUGCUGCAUUUACACGGAGCCUUCCUCAUAAACGUGAUCACUGUCAGGCACACCUAACUAUAUUUGCUUUCCCACCUCUCUUUCUGGCUAUCUGCCACCUUAAUGUGCCACAAUUUCCCCACUUUCAAUUUAAACUGAAGACUGUUCCCUAGAUUCUGAGUGAACUUCAGUUAUCAGAAGGAAAUCUGGAAACUGGUGGCAAUCCAUUUCAUUUUCCUACACUUCACUUCCUGUCCUUUCCUCUGUUACGAUUUAAACAGUGCAGGCUAGUCAUAAAACUAAUCACUCGCCCGAUGUCUUACUUGGAAGAAUGGAGAAGGGAUAGUAACUAAAUAACUCACUGCUUUUUAUUUGUUUUUCCUCCUUUCCUCUACUUCCACACUCCUCCAUGACAAGCGUAGGACUGAACUGUGUCCUCAAAGGGCUUUCUACAUUGCUCUCUACAACACUGUUUUCAGGGUGACCCAGUUCCAUUUUUACCAUGGAAUUUAGUUUCUGCAAUCUACCGAGGAUCAGAAGGAGGUUCCUUUCAUUGGGCACAACGGUAACCACAGGAAGAAAAAUGCCAGGGGCAUGUUAUUUAAGGAACUUUUGCCAUAUCCAAAAGUAUUCCUAAGGCCACAGCACAGGCCGUGAAAAAUGCGAACAAACAGAAAGAUGUCCAGAGUGUGGCCCCAGCCUCCCAGGCACAAGAGCUCAGAUUGAGGCCUUAGCCUCUUUAUUUAUUUUAUUUAUUUAUUAAAGUUUCAUUGAUGUACAAUCUUAUGAAGGUUUCACAUGAGCAAUGUGGUCACUACAUUCACCCAUAUUAUCAAGUCGCCCCCACAUACCCCAUUACAGUCACUGUCCGUCAGCGUAGUAAGAUGGGCCUUAGCCUCUUUAAAAGGAGGAGGUCUCGUAACUUUUGGUGACUGAGCAACUGGACUAUUCUUAUUUGUGGUUUAUAGAAGCUCAUGGAAUACGCAACUCCAUUGGUCCCUCUAACUCCUGCUUACCUCGGGAAGUUGUUUGACGGUCUCCGUUAUCUAGGCAGAGCAUGUGGUGAGGCUUUUUGCCAGCAGUUAUCAGUGUGGAAGACCUGCUCUCUUAAGCAAACUGUUAAAAAAAUUGCUACCCCAAACGCAUCUGCUGUGCACUGGAUUUUGAUGUUUGUGUUUUUAGUGAGGUCUCCUUGGUUAGCCCCCACUGGGGGUGACUUGAGGGAGAAGGGACCGUGUGGCUGAGGCGGACGUGUGCUCUGUUUCUGUGUGUUGAAUGGACUGUGAGUUUACUGAAACUGGGCUAAGUGGCAGACUGUAGACAAUCCAUGGCACUGGACAAAAUCUAGAAAAGUCUGGGAAGGUGAAUGGAUGUGUUUCUGCCUAAAUUUGGCAACUUGGAGAAGUGAUGCAGAGCAGAGUCACGCAGGUUGGCACGCCUGUCUUCUGCAGGCUGGCUCAAGUUCGGGGAGAGUGGGCUGCUGGAAAACCCGGUGAUGGUUGUACCAGAUGGCCCUGGGGAGGUUUAUGAGUGGGUUUCAAGUUUAGGGAAAAGUUGUGGCUUUUUGAGGCUCUCACCCUGUGCCCCUCUGUUCAGCCACCAUGAAGUUUUUGCUUGGAUCCCUGCCCAGCCAUAGUGGUGAGUGACUGAAUUGGAUCAGGGUCAGUGCAGAGAUUCAGACUGGAUCCUACAGUUACUAGAUUGUUGUUCAGCCAUUUUUGGUCUGUUGAUCAUUUCAAUUAAGCAGGUCAAGUUGGUUGACCUCUUUUCCUGAUUUUUAAAUUAAACUCAGUAACUGAGUUUCCAAAUUAUUGUUGACACAGUGAAAAAAAGGGGGUGGGGAUUUUUGUUUCAUUUUAUUCCUAAAAUCAUUUUUCUCUUUGAACAUGGGAAAUCGGCUAAUCCAGUUAAUACCUGCUCAUCUCAUUAGACUCUGUCCUGCCUUCUACCCCCACUGUGAUUGAUCUGUUCACUCACGUGCUGUCACAAUUUCCUCUCAUAUUAGGAUGUAAACUUCAGAUGGGUGGGGCCAUGUCUUCAUGAUGCCCUAAACUACCUGGUGGUGGUGCUAUUGAUCAUGUGCAGAUGAUGGACGCCCAGUCCUCUCCACGUACCAAGACGAUGCUUCCCUCUUGUCUUCUUUUAAAUUGACCCACACAAUCAAUCUCUGAUCUCUUCUCUUUGAGAAAGGAUAUCCAGAUAAAGGUUAUGUGAGGCUACCUUCUCUUCUGGUCCAGUAUUUUACACCUUGAUAAUAAUGAAAAGAAAAAUGCAACCUUAACCUAACUAUGACAUGAAGAUUUUGCUUCUAUCCUGUAGGGGCUCUGAAAGAGGAGAGAGUCCAGCCUGGAUCUUCUUCCCCAGGGGAGAUUGGUUUAUGACUACAUAGCAUGCUUUAUUCCUAGGUGUUUUAAGGGGGUUGGGGACUGUUCAGCUGGCUAGAGUUAGUGUAUUUUAGUUUUCAUGACAUUUCAUCUGUUAAGAAUGGAGUUUAUUGCAUGAUCAAAAAUCCGAGUGAAAGAUUAAAUAACAAUUUCAACUGUGGGAUAGUUUGGAUCUGUAGCAUCUGGUUGUGUUGAAACACAUUCUGUUUUGCUUAAUUCCUAACUAGACAUGAUUAAGGUUAAAUGCUAAAUUUUAGCUGGUAGGUGUUUCUAAGCUUCCCUAACAGAAUAUUGCACUACUUAGUGAAUCAUGGAACACUUUCUCAUUUAUUUUAAAUUAUUUCUUUUGCAUCUGUUAUUUUAUAUAAUCAACACGGAAGCUGAGAAGGUGACAAAGAUUGUGACAGACUCCCUCUAUCUGCUUUUUCUCCUUUGAGAAUUAAGGAUAAGUACUUACCCUUGAACCAGGUGGAUUUGCAAGAGCAGGUUUUCCUCCAUCUCUUAAGUCUCUCCAGAGAUGACCAGUCUAUAUGUAGAGCACUAUACCAUACUGUACAUAGAGCAACUGCAGACAUCCAUAUGUUCAUUCAGAUAUUGAACAACAAUAUUGAGGGUUGGGUCCAGACCAGACUGGCAAAUCAAGGAAGAGCUGUCCUCCGCCAGGGAUCAGCCUCCUAGUUUUAAAUAAUAUUUUUAAUAUCCUCAUUUCAAUAUGUCCUAGUUUCAUCUUCAAACCUGUACUUCCUAAAGCCCAAGAAUUUACUUCCAAACCUGGCCUUCAACUAUUAUGUGAUGAUUAGGGGUAAUCCUUCCCCAGUGUCUGUCAAAUUUCAGUAAGAAAAGUUUUGAGUCACAGUGAGCCCAUCCAUGUAAGGACUAAAAGCUCUAGUCCCACAAUUCAUAACCCCUGAGGAAAGCCAGGGCUACAAAUAUCUCGUCUAGGUUUUGACAGAGACGAUCUGAUUCUUAAUAUAGCUCAUCAACCGCUAAGUUGAGCCCAGACUCUCCGAAUCUUUCUGUAACAGGAGAAGCCUGUCUGACUGUUGACUAGAAAGAGUCUCACCUCUUCUGUGACCCCACAAAUAAACUAAGAAGAAAGGACUACCCCCAGUCCAGCCAGCUGGUGACCUGUGGCUGUUUCAGCCCAGGAUGUCAGCCUUUACAGCACCAGAUUUGAAUCAUUUUGGUAUCAUGGGAUCCUAUCAUUGUUCAUUUGAAUCUGCUGACUCGCUUCCUCUGGAAAGUGCAGUUGGCAUGGAUGAGUCAGUGUUUUUUUUUAUUUUCGGCUGUUUGUUUUUUACAAAAUAAAGAUGAACCACUUUGAGAAUU